AUGACCAUCAGGAGAAAGGUGCAACUUUCCUUCAUUGCCAAUAACCGUGCAAGGAAAGCUACACUCAGGAAAAGGAAGGGUGGUUUGGUCAAAAAGAUGCACGAAAUAACCACCCUGUGUGGGAUCGAGGGGUGUGUCAUCAUAAAUGACGAGAGUGAUCCUCAACCAACGGUUUGGCCCUCGGAGGAAGGUGCUCGAAGGACUAUCGAGAGGUUUAGGAGCCUUUCGAUAGACGAGCAAAAGAAGAGGAUGAUGAAUCAGGAGAGUUUCACACAACAGAGGCUCGAGAAGAUUCAAGAGAAGAUUAAGAAGCAGAGGGGAGAAAAUCGGAAGAAGGAGAUCACGCUAACAAUGUACCAAAGCAUGUGUGACAACCCGUUGGUCGUGUCCUCCACUCUUAAUGCAAAUGAGUGUGAGGAGGUGAUCAAUAUGUUGAGUCAACACAUAAUGGAAAUGAACAUCGCUGUGGAGACAAUGGCUUCUUCUUCCAAUCCCCUCCCAUAG